CGCCAUCAGCUGGAUCGGACGCCCAGUCUUGGCAGGUGCACGUUACCUGCGACAGGCUGCCAAUGGCAGUCAUUCGGCGGCUCUAGACCGAAAUGCUAUGAGGUAUUCUUUAGAACACAGUGUCAAUCUCUCUAGGCGGGCAUGCAGAAUAGUGUUGGUAAUGUUGUUGUUGGGAAGAUUGUGCAGCGGCUCCGGCAAGCCCCCGGAUCAUGCAUCGGACAGCAGGCGACUGCCCUCCGUGAACCUGGACACGAAUUCCUACGACCUCAACAGCUUGUACCAGGAGAUUCCAACCCCUAUAGUACCCGAGAUGAAUUCCUUGUCUACGGAGACUGCGGAAAUUAUCAGCACCUCCAUGGAGGAAGUUGUCCCGGCUGAGGAAGAACCCCACAAGAAACACGUGACAAGGUACCCGGUGAUAUCGGUCUCCUUCAACAGAGUCGAAACUCCCUUCAUCAUAGCUUUGUGGAUAUUAUGUGCAAGUCUAGCCAAAAUUGGUUUCCAUAUGGCUCCAAAGCUCAGCAAAAUAUUUCCCGAAUCGUGCCUACUCAUUUUCGUGGGAGUUGUGAUCGGCGUCAUCCUGGUCCACGUGACGGACAGCGUCCACAUGUCGCCGUUAACGCCGGACACAUUCUUCUUUUAUAUGCUUCCACCGAUCAUCCUGGAUGCCGGCUACUUCAUGCCUAAUAGACUUUUUUUUGACCACAUCGGCACUAUUCUGUUGUUUGCCGUCAUAGGCACUAUUUUUAAUACUCUAACUAUAGGUUUCCAUAUGGCUCCAAAGCUCAGCAAAAUAUUUCCCGAAUCGUGCCUACUCAUUUUCGUGGGAGUUGUGAUCGGCGUCAUCCUGGUCCACGUGACGGACAGCGUCCACAUGUCGCCGUUAACGCCGGACACAUUCUUCUUUUAUAUGCUUCCACCGAUCAUCCUGGAUGCCGGCUACUUCAUGCCUAAUAGACUUUUUUUUGACCACAUCGGCACUAUUCUGUUGUUUGCCGUCAUAGGCACUAUUUUUAAUACUCUAACUAUAG